AUGGCUGGACCGAGGAGAUCCAAGCUCAAGAAAUCGGGAAAUGGUUUUCAGCCGCCGCCGCCCGAGGUAGACGAUGACGAUCUUAUGAACGACCUCAUGGCUCAGCUUGAUUCUCGAGACGGGACUGUCCAGGUCGAAUCUGCGGCUGUGCUGCAAGAUAUGACGUUGAAAAAGGAGAUUGAAAAGCAAGAGAGGCCUCAAGGAAAGCGAUCCAAGGAUAGGUUCAAAGAGCGACAGGCGCGGAAGGCGGCUACUCUGGCGAAUUCCUACGCGACAGAUGAUCCAGAGACCUCUCAACAAUUAGAAUUGGAGGCGAGACAGGAAGAAGAAUCUAUCAGACAGAUUAACCCAGAUGGACACUGCCUUUUCUCAGCCGUUGCGGACCAGCUCAGUUUACUCGGAAUCCUUCAGCCCGUCCAAGCAAACUAUGUUACCGUCCGUCUGGCAGCGUCCAGCUAUAUGCUUUCCCAUCCCGACGACUUUCUUCCUUUUUUACCCUCGACCAGCGGCGAAGACGCAGCGGGCUCCUACGACGAAGGCCUGAUAAGUCCCCGCGAGUUCGAACAGUACUGUACCACAAUUCGCGAUACGGGGGCGUGGGGCGGCGAACCUGAAAUUCUAGCGCUCAGUUGCGCCUUCAAUGUCCCUAUACAUGUCGUGCAAGGAGGUGCACCACCGGUUGUUGUUCAUAAUCCCAACGACGCACCUGGACAAGACGAUAUACACACUAAACGGGCCGUUCGUAUUAGUUAUCACCGGCGGAUGUAUGGGCUUGGAGAGCAUUACAACUCCCUCCGUCCAUCAUCAGGUCUGACAAAGGUGACUAGAGUUAUCGAAAACAUUCUGUCAUGA